AUGACGUUCUCCAACGGAAGGAAGAGCAACGUCUGUUUUCCAAACCACGUUAUAAUGAAGUCAUGCAAAUGCAGUUACUGUGGAAAGUACUUCAGAUACAGGCUACAACUUCUCGUACACCAGAGGAUACACACAGCACAGAAGCUUUUCGAAUGCUCAGAGUAUGGAAAGAAAUUCAGUAUGAAUUCCAGUCUACAAAAGCACCAAAGAACCCACACUGGGCAGAAACCGUUUGAGUGCUCAGAAUGCGGAAAGAGAUUCAGUAGGAGUGGCAGUCUUCAACAGCAUGAAAGAACCCACACAGGGGAGAAACCUUUUGAAUGCUCAGAGUGUGGAAAGAGAUUCACUGUGAGUUCCAGCCUCCAUCAGCAUGAAAGAAUCCACACGGGGGAGAAACCUUUUGAAUGCUCAGAGUGUGGAAAGAGAUUCAGUAGGAGAGACCGUUUUCAACAGCAUCAGAGAACCCACUCAGGGGAGAAACCUUUUGAAUGCUCAGAGUGUAGAAAGAAGUUCAGUAGUAAGAGCAAUCUUCAUCAACAUCAAAGACUCCACAGAGGAGAGAAACCUUUUAUAUGCUCAGAGUGUGGAAAGAGAUUCACUGUGAGUUCCAGUCUUCAUCAGCAUGAAAAAAUCCACAGAGGGCAGAAACCUUUCGAAUGCGCAGAGUGUGGAAAAAGAUUCAGUCUGGGUUCCAGUCUUCAAAAGCAUCAAAGAACCCACACAGGGGAGAAACCUUUUGAAUGUUCCGAGUGCGGAAUGAGAUUCAGUGUGAGUUCCAGUCUUUAUAAGCAUCGAAGAACCCACACAGGGGAGAAACGUUUUGAAUGCUCAGUGUGUGGAAAGAGAUUCACUCAGAGUUCCGGUCUUCAAGAACAUAAAAGGACACACACAGGGGAGAAACCUUUUGAAUGUAUGGAGUGUGGAAAGAGAUUCAGUAGGAAUAACAAUCUUCAUCAACAUCAAAGACUCCACAGUGGAGAGAAACCUUUUGAAUGCUCAGAGUGUGGAAAGAAGUUCAGUAGUAAGAGCAAUCUUCAUCAACAUCAAAGACUCCACAGAGGAGAGAAACCUUUUGAAUGCUCAGAGUGUGGAAAGAGAUUCACUGUGAGUGGCUACCUUCAAAAGCAUCAAACAACCCAUACUGGGGAGAAACCUUUUGAAUGCUCAGAGUGUGGAAAGAGAUUCACUAUGAGUUCCAGUCUUCAUCAGCAUGAAAGAAUCCACAGAGGGGAGAAACCUUUCGAAUGCGCAGAGUGUGGAAAGAGAUUCAGUCUGGGUUCCAGUCUUCAAAUGCAUCAAAGAACCCACACAGGGGAGAAACCUUUUGAAUGUUCCGAGUGCGGAAUGAGAUUCAGUGUAAGUUCCAGUCUUUAUAAGCAUCGAAGAACCCAUACAGGGGAGAAACGUUUUGAAUGCUCAGUGUGUGGAAAGAGAUUCACUCGGAGUUCCGGUCUUCAAGAACAUAAAAGAACACACACAGGGGAGAAGCCUUUUGAAUGCUCAGAGUGUGGAAAGAGAUUCAUUAGGAGCCCACCUUUAGACCUAGAUGAUGAUGCUGACAACAGUUCAGUGUAUGUUCAAGGGUUGCCUGACAAUGUGACCCUGGAGGACCUAACAGAUUUCUGCGAACAUUAUGGUGGUGUCAAGAUGAACGAAAGAAAUGGACAGCCAAUGAUCACAAUCUACCUUGACAAGGAUACAGGAAAGCCAAAAGGGGAUGCUACUGUGUGCUAUGAUGACCCGCCCACUGCCAAAGCAGCUGUAGAAUGGCUUGAUGGUCAAGAUUUCCAGGGGAGCAAACUUAGAGUCUCUCUUGCUCGGAAGAAGAUGCCACUGAACAGCCUGAGAGGAGGAAUGCCCCCUCGUGAGCCACAUGGCAUGCCUCCCCCUCUCUAUGGAGGAGUUCCUAGUGGGUCAGGUGGUCCUGGUGGUCCAAUGGGCCGCAUGGGAGGCAGAGGUGGUUUUGCAUCAAGAGGACCACGAGAAUCAAGGGGAAACGUCCAACAUCGAGCAGGAGGCUGGCAGUGCCCCAAUCCGUAA